AUGGCCUCACCUACGAGGGAAGGGUUGGACCUUGGGAGUAGCAACAAGGGCGGUACACCCUCUGAAUCGUUGGAUAGCAUAACCUCAGCUACGACCUUUGACCUCUUCAGCGACUUCCAAGAAUCCACUCAGAGCUUCGGAGAACUCACCUUGCCAGAACUGCCAAGCUUCACUGCAUCUACAGUGAAUAAGAAACGCGAUCGAAACGAAUACCUCGCCAGCUCCAGUGACGCGCCCCUCUUCUCAAGUGACGACCUUCCUGCUUCUUCAGCUGAAAAUUACUACGGGCCAAGGGUCAAGCGACAGCAUCGGAGACCAUGGUAUGAAACAGACGAGUCUUGGAACACUGUCACGUUACCUUCCUCUACAAAGAAGCCCCGCAUGAGGGGCCCUUUCAGGAGAACCCAUGACAGUGGUGUCUGGCUGGGUAGUGACGCAUCUACGGAGAAUGAAGAUAACGAUCGGCAGGACGCUGUUCGAAGGGUAUUGAGAGUCAUGGAAAGCGGAGGGUCCAUUGACGGUGAUGAGGAGCUUUGGCAUGAGGAUGAAAGAGAGCUUGAUCUUGGAGACAAGGUUCAUGGCCCCUGUACUCAGACAUUAGAGGAAAAAUUGCAGCAAGCUUUGGUCAAUAGAGCUCUGCAGAUAACGGAAGAUCCGGGGGGCUUCGAGGGACCGGUGUUUCCAUACUGGCAGAAGCAGCCAGGUCAUUUGAUGGGCUUUCACUUGGUCCAACAACAAGCACAAAAGAAAGUCACGCUGUGUGUCGAACAAGGUGGAGAGGCUAUCGACUUGUCAACGAUGUACAUGCAGCAGGUACGAACGCCGACGCUACGGCCGCUGCGCUACCAUACAAGAAUAGUACCGAAGCAGGGCAAGGGGAAUCGCUAUCAGUCAUUGACGCCAGCACUACGGCUAUAUCUAUCGAAUAAUCUUCUCGAGGAAGUACCUGGGGAGGUGUUUCAUUUGAAGAAUCUAGAGGUUUUGAGCUUACGCUCGAACAAUCUGACGGAGAUACUUCCGACAAUUGGCGAGCUCAAUAACCUCAAAGAACUCAAUCUAGGCAGUAAUCAGCUCAAUUGGCUUCCUUGGGAGCUCCUUAGUCUUCUUCACGCCAACCUCCAAAAAUGCAUGAUCUAUCCAAACCCCUUCAUUCGCCCCGUUCCAUCAACCUGGAACCACGCAUCCAGCCGAGAGCUCAAGUCCGGUGAGCCAUGCCAACAAUUAGCCUCGACACGUAUCGCUUUCCUCGAUAUUACUGGCGCUUCACUGCGCCAUUGGCCACCGGCUCCAUCGUCUAUCCCAGAGCACUGGCCUGAACCCCAAGCAGACGAUGAGUUCCUCGGGCCGCCGCCAGAAGAACGUACCAAAACACCAUCCCUUCUCGAACUCGCCUUACGCGCUUGCAAAAAGUCACCACAACUGAGCCAACUUCCUUUUCUCAUCCCGCAAGACUGUCCAGAACAUCUCACGCAGCUCCUCCAGACAACCUGGAAGCUCAAAGAAGCAGGCGGCAAAAACUGCUCUGUCUGCGGACAUGAGUACAUUAUCCCACGCACAGAGUGGAUCGAAUGGUGGUACUGCAUCCCGGAUCAGGGUUUCAGAGGGCAGCUGGACCACAUGCUUGCGUUGCACAAGAUGCCAGUGCCAUUGCUGAGGAGAGGCUGCAGUUGGGCUUGCUGGGAGGAAGAUGCGAGCCCGUUGAUCAGAGGGUGGAGCUCUGCAACGCUGCCUGGAGGGCUAAAAGAGGAAAGAGAUGUUCAUGGCGACGUUCGGACUUCGCCUACAAGGAGGACCAUACCGCCUAGUGGGAGGAUCCGACAAUGA